CUGUACCCUUGGCGGGCGAGCCAAUCACGUCGCGUUCUUAUUUCAAAUCCAAGAUUCGAAUUUCGAACUAAAAUUUUAAAAAUAUAAUAUUUAAAAAAAUAGUGAUGUGCUAAAGUUGGAGUCAAUUAAAAAUAUCGAUAUUAAUUUUAACAAAAAAUCAAAAUGGAUCCAGAAAAAAAUAAAGAAAAUAAUGAGGUGACAGUGGACGAUAUUUUACAAAUUCUAGGACCGUUCGGAAAGUUCAAUGUUUUGAAUUAUUUGCUAAUCUUGUUUCCGGUGUUACUUGCGGGAAUGUACUCAUCUGUGUAUAACUUCGAGGCUAUGGAUCUUAGAUACAGAUGCGCAAUACCAGAAUGCGAAAACCAAGACGCGAACUUCACGGCACCGUUACAGGAAGAUGGCACGCCUGCCAAGUGUCUCCGGUACGCACCCUUUGUGAACUUCACCAAUACCGACUAUGGGUACAACGAGACUUGUGCGCCACACUUCUUCGACACCUCCACGGAGAUCAAGUGCGACUCCUAUAUCUACUUUGAAGAGCAUUCUAUUGUCAAAGAGUUCAAUCUCGGCUGUCAAGACUGGAAGAGAUCCCUCGUCGGAACUGUCCACAAUGCUGGUUUCUUCGUCUCCAUACCCUUGACCGGCCUCAUCUCUGACAGAUACGGUCGGCGCUUGGCUGUGGUCUUCGCGAGUGUAGCAAACGGAGUCUUCGGAGUGAUUCGAGCAUUUUCGUUGAACUAUGAAAUGUUCAUCGUGCUGGAAUUUCUGGAGCCGGCACUGGGUGGAGGAGUUUACACUGCCUGCUUCGUUUUAGCUUUGGAGCUGGUUGGACCAAAAGGCAGAGUCUUCGUCAGUCUACUAUUCAACACCAUGUUCAUUCUUGGAGGAGUCACUGUCACCCUCCUGUCCUGGUGGCUGCAGAGCUGGCGAUACCUCCUCCUAGUCAUCUACAUCCCAGCCAUACUAGUAUUCUUCUACUUAUGGUCACUCACCGAAAGCUUCCGUUGGUUCUUCAGCAAAGGACGUUAUGAAGAGGGGUUAAAUGUGUUGUCAAAAUGUGAGAAAUUCAAUAAGGUGAAAGUCCCCAAAGAACAUUACGAUCAAGUUGAGAAACAUGCCAUGAAACAACGUGAUGCGAGGAAAUUUGAGGUUAUAGAAACCAGCCGGUCAACUUUCAAACAGUUGCUUAUGUCUACUAUGAUAUGGAAGAGACUCUUCACUUGCUCAUUCCUCUGGGCCACAUCUACUUUGGUCUACUACGGUCUAUCCAUCAAUGCUAUUGAGCUAUCCGGAAACAGUUAUCUGAACUACAUUGUAGUGAUCGUUAUUGAAGCACCAGCGAACGUUUGCAAGUUGAUCUGCUUGGAUAGAUUUGGAAGGAAAAGAGUCAUAGCUAUUGCGUAUAUUUUGACUGGCAUUAUACUUAUUAACUACGGAUUCGUACCAGAAGGCAACUGGUCUACAGCUUUUUAUCUCGGCGGGAAAUUCUUUAUCACUCUGGCGUACAACUCACUGUAUAUUUUCGCGGCGGAGGUUUUCCCGACCAAUUAUAGAACUUCUUUGUUGGCGAUUUGUUCCACUAUUGGAAGAAUAGGCUCGGCUGUUGCCCCCCAAACUCCAUUAUUGUCCCGAUACUACGAGUUUCUACCAACUUUACUAUUCGGCAUAAUGUCUGCACUUUCUGGAUUCCUAGUAAUGACCUUGCCAGAAACAAACAACCAGAAGCUACCAGACUCCCUGAAGGAAGCUCAAGAUCAAGACAGAAGGGGACAGACGACAAAUGAGAAUGAAAGAGAAAGGAAUACAGAGGAACCUCAACUAAGCACGGGAAUUGAUACCAAGACAAGGUUAUGAGAUUAGGGAUUUCACUGAUAGUUGAGAAUUUAAGACUGAGCCUCGGAUUUUAGUUUUGGAAUAUAUAAGCCCUAAUCUACGGUUUUAUACUUUUUCACUAGUACAGUUCGCUGGUGGAUCGUCAUAAUACCGCAGUUUAGAGAUCAACAAGCCUGGCCGUGACUCUUCAGCAUUGUUUCAAAUUUCGCGUCCCGUGCCAUUGCCCGUGCCACAUAACUUUGUACCUUGUUCAAUGAAUCGAGCUAACAUAGAGCUCUCCCUGCUGCACAGCUGUAUAGAAAUGAAAAGGACGCAUAAUGAUAGAGAACAACUGUUUGGCUCGCCCAAUG